AAAGGUGUAGACCUAGGGACUCUUCUAUUUGGUUGUGCACAAUCAGUUGCUACUGAUGAUCGCAAGUAUGAAAUUAAACAAUUGAAACAGAUCCGAAAGCACUGUUUUCUCAACGGUGAUGCGAAUAGGAGGCUGGCAUUUACAUUGGAAGAGGUCGAUCUUGAGGCGCAUUUGGUUGGAACGGGGUCCCAACUGUAUACAUUCUGAACCCCUAACCAGAUCAUAGCUUUUGAGCAGUUGAAAGUAUGGUAGUUUACAUGUUAGCAUGCCCGUUUAAGAAGAUAUAAAAUUGACCAUAGCCUUUGCAAACAAAAUUAUAUAUAUUUGGUAUCAGUGGAAGCUAAAACGCUACAGUUCUUAGAUUUUGGUAUUGAGUAUGGUUUCGCAUGUUCCGUCCUUAUCCAGCAUCUUUCAAUGAGGGCUGGUGUGGGCCUCCUAAACUGCACGUUGGUGGAAGCAAUCUUCCUCAACCAGGUUUUCGUCUAGCAGAUUUGACCGAAGACCCUGGGCGCCGCCUGGCGAAGUAAUUAUCGUGAGCGCUUUGGUUCGGAAUUAGGAGAUGAUUAAAAUUGAAGAUUUAAUGCUCGUCAAAGGUUCUUUUCACAUAUAUGUUUACUUAUGGAUCCUCAAUUUACCAAGUUGCCUGACUCUAAAAAUACAAUCCAGCAGCAAGAUGAGUUCCCUUUUUCCAGUAGCCUUCAGCAAUCUCAAGAUAUUCCUUGCAAGUACUCAGAUGACCCAUUAGCUGCUCUGGAAUUCACGGGUGACCCAUUGAGUACAUCCAGUUGCAACCAUUCAUACCUUUCUCCACCUGUAGAGUUGGACUCACAAGAAGAUCAUCACACUAAUCCUGUUUUCAAGUUCCUCAACCAGAUACUGUUGGAAGAGAACAUCAGUGAGAAGCCCAGUAUGUUCCAUGACCCAAUUGCUCUUGAAGCUACUGAGAAGUACUUCUACGAAGCCCUUGAUAAAAAUCCUCCUUCUCAUGAAUCCCACCACAUUAGCCAUAAAAGUACACAAAGCUCGGACAGCAUGUAUGACAACUCAAGUGAACCACCUCCGUGGACUGGUGAUCCUAUACAAUCAUCUUUUAUGAUUCCUCCUCCUGAACUUCCUUUCCAUUCCUCUUUUCCGAUUACCUCCUCUGUGAGUUCAAAUGCUUCUUCAAAUAAUUAUGAGAGUAGUACGAAAAUCCAAGUGCACUCUAUGUUAAAUUAUGGUGAGCUUGGAAAUAUAUUUAGUGACACAGAAGCCAAGCUGCAGUUCAAGAGAGGAGUGGAGGAAGCGAGUACAAUCCUCCCAGCUACUAAUCAAUUGGUUAUAGAUUUGGUUAAAGACUCAUUGCCUCUUGAGGAAGACGAGCUUGAGAAAGAGAGAAGCAACAAGCAAUCUGCAGUUUAUGUGGAAGAGGAGUUAACAAAGAUGUUUGAUAAAGUUUUGCUGCUUGAUCCUGACGAAUGUUGCAGGAAUGUGGCUGAAUUUGGUCACGGCCUGCCAUAUGAUGUGCUGAAUGAUGAGGGUAUACCACACAAUGGUGGUAAAAGGCGCACAAAGAAGAAGAAGCAGGGAAAUACAAGUGAAGUUGUAGACCUUAUAACUCUUCUAACCAACUGUUCACAAUCAGUUGCUGCUGAUGAUCGCAAGUCUGCAAAUGAACAACUGACACAGAUCCGAAAGCACUGUUCAGUUAAAGGUGAUGUGAACCAGAGGCUGGCAUAUGUAAUGGCAAAUGGUCUUGAGGCACGUUUGUCUGGCUUGGGGACCCAGCUCUAUACAUCCCAAGUCCCCAAAAAGAUCACAGCUUUUGAGAAGCUGAGUGCAUACAAGGUUUACAUGUCAGCAUGCCCUUUUGAGGAGAUGUCAAUAGGCUUUGGAAAUAAAAUGAUUUUCAUGAUGUCAUUGGAAGCUCAAGUUCUACAUGUCAUAGAUUUUGGCAUUGAGUUUGGUUUCCAAUGGCCUUCUCUUAUCCAACAUCUAGCAAUCCGGCCCGGCGGGCCUCCUAAAUUUCGCAUUACUGGAAUCGAGCUUCCUGAACCAGGUUCUCGGCCAGCGGAACUGAUAGAAGAGACUGGCCGCCGUCUGGGAAUAUAUUGUGAGCGAUUCCACGUGCCAUUUGAGUACAAUGCAAUAGCAACUCAGAAUUGGGAGACACUUAAAGUUGAAGACUUGAAGCUCGUUAGAGGUGAAAUGGUUGCUGUGAAGUGCUCAUAUAGGUUACAAAACCUGCUUGAUGUAACAGUAAUGGGUGACAGUCCUCGUGAUGCAGUACUCAAGCUAAUCCGUGAACUGAACCCAAGUGUUUUUGUGCACAGUGUUAUUAGUGGGUCUUAUAGUGCUCCGUUCUUUGUCACCCGGUUCCGAGAAGCUCUCUUCUAUUACUCUGCAGUUUUUGAUAUGUUUGAGAAUACAUUACCCCGUGACGAUGAGGAGAGGUUUCUCUUUGAGCAAGAAUUCUAUGGGCGCGAGUCAUUGAAUGUGAUUGCAUGUGAGGGGGAAGAGAGGAUCGUAAGGCCUGAAACUUACAAGAAGUGGCAAGUGAGGACUAUGAGGGCUGGGUUCAAACUUCUUCCAGUGAUGCCAGGGAUAAUGAUCAAAAUCGGAAAAAAGUUGAAAGCAGGGUACCACGAAAACUUUAUGUUGGAGGAAGAUGGUCACUGGAUGUUGCAGGGGUGGAAGGGGCGGAUUCUAUGUGCAAGUUCAUGCUGGGUACCUAGUUAGCUCAUCCGCAUAAACAAGCAAAGCUAGGUGUUAAUAUUGAUCAGCCUUCCGUUGCUUUUCGACCUUGAACCGGCAGGGAUGGCCUGAUCGAUCUGUAUAUGUAAGCACUUAAGUCAUUAUUGAUCUGUUGUUAGUCUCUAACUCUUUGUUUGAGCAACAAAACAGUCUUCACUCCAUAAUCUUAAUUCUCAAUUCUAGAGUUUGUUUUAUUACAAGACUGCAUUUUUCCCAUGUUUGAUUUUUAUGAAGUUGCAGUGAUGGGAUAAGUAUGUAUGGCAUCUUUUUUCCUUUCAAAAUAA